AUGUACAACAACUCUGAAACUCGUAGUGGGGAUCUAUUGGUAAACACAAACUACAACAACUCUAAAACUCGUAGUGGAGAUCUAUUGGUAAAUACCAUGUACAACAACUCUGAAACUCGUAGUGGGGAUCUAUUGGUAAAUACCAUGUACAACAACUCUGAAACUCGUAGUGGGGAUCUAUUGGUAAAUACCAUGUACAACAACUCUGAAACUCGUAGUGGAGAUCUACUGGUAAAUACCAUGUACAACAACUCUAAAACUCGUAGUGGAGAUCUAUUGGUAAACACCAAGUACAACAACUCUGAAAGUCGUAGUGGGGAUCUAUUGGUAAAUACCAUGUACAACAACUCUGAAACUCGUAGUGGGGCUCUAUUGGUAAAUACCAUGUACAACAACUCUGAAACUCGUAGUGGGGAUCGACUGGUAAACACCAACUACAACAACUCUAAAACUCGUAGUGGAGAUCUACUGGUAAACACCAACUACAACAACUCUAAAACUCGUAGUGGAGAUCUAUUGGUAAACACCAAGUACAACAACUUUGAAACUCGUAGUGAGGAUCUGUUGGUAAAUACCAUGUACAACAACUCUGAAACUCGUAGUGGAGAUCUACUGGUAAACACAAACUACAACAACUCUAAAACUCGUAGUGGAGAUCUACUGGUAAACACAAACUACAACAACUCUGAAACUCGUAGUGGGGAUCAAUUGGUAAAUACCAUGUACAACAACUCUGAAACUCGUAGUGGGGAUCUAUUGGUAAAUACCAUGUACAACAACUCUGAAACUCGUAGUGGAGAUCUACUGGUAAACACCAACUACAACAACUCUAAAACUCGUAGUGGGGAUCUAUUGGUAAAUACCAUGUACAACAACUCUGAAACUCGUAGUGGGGAUCUAUUGGUAAAUACCAUGUACGACAACUCUGAAACUCGUAGUGGGGAUCUAUUGGUAAAUACCAAUUAUGACAACUCUGAAACUCGUAGUGGGGAUCUAUUGGUAAAUACCAAGUACAACAACUCUGAAACUCGUAGUGGGGAUCUGUUGGUAAAUACCAAGUAUAACAACUCUAAAACUCGUAGUGGAGAUCUAUUGGUAAAUACCAAUUAUGACAACUGUGAAACUCGUAGUGGGGAUCUGUUGGUAAAUACCAGUACAACAACUCUAAAACUCGUAGUGGAGAUCUAUUGGUAA